CAUGUGUUCUAGACGCGUAUCAACAUUGAAAUUCAACAUCUCUCAUCUAACUUUAUAGUAUUCAUGAAUAAAUACUACAUGACCAAGAAUCUCAUCUCAUCUCAUCUCAUCUCAUCAUGGCGGCCAAUGAAUUACCAGGAGAUAUAUAUGAAGAGAAACAACAUCAGGCCGCCUAUAUUUUCGAUCCUUUAGCAGAUCUUGAUGGUGCAAGUCGGCCUUCUAAACGAAGAAAAGUGUCUAAGAGACGGGGCCAGACAGAAACCCAAGAUUCAGAUGCUUCCUUAACUUUUCAACCCCUUUUCGACGGCUCCGAAGAUGAACGCUGUGUUCGCCUCCGUCAGCAAUUAUUUGAGACGUCUUGGUAUCAAAUCGACAAGAGGAUUCAACAAAUACUUCGAAAGGCAAAUCAGUCUACAUUAGACGAAGUGACCUCAUUCUUGCAGGCCACGGCAGACCACACUUCCACCGGCAAAAUUCCCUCUGCCUUCAUUAUCACCGGUCCAAACUUGGCCUCCCAGGACCUCUUGUUUGAGCAGUUGUCGGAGACUCUCCAGCUCCAGCUAGACGCAAAGGUGGUGCGGUUGAGAUCAGGCGAUGCAUCUAAUUUGAAAGCCGUCCUCAAGAAAAUCAUACAUGAUGUCACGGCGAGGGAAACAGAUGCUGAAAACGAGAUGGAAUUAGCCACAGGAAAAGACGGUCGCAAAUAUCUGAACUACGACCUAGAAGCUCUAUAUGCCCAUCUUAAAUCGACCCCCCAUCGCCAUGUUGUUGUCGCGUUCCAAGACAGUGAAGCUUUCGAGAGCGGUCUGCUGUCAGAUCUAAUCUCACUUUUCAGCUCCUGGCUUGAUCGGAUCUCAUUCUCCCUACUUUUUGGAGUUGCCACCUCGGUAGAGCUAUUUCAAGCACGUCUUUUAAAAUCUACCUGUCAAUGUCUCUAUGGCGAACAGUUCGAUGUCGAGCAAUCCACAUCAAUUAUCGAGAGGAUAUUUAAGACGGCCAUUGCACACUCGGAUGUCCCGUUACGACUAGGCUCGUCUCUUGUAUCCAGUCUACUAGAACGCCAACGGGAUCAAGUAUCGAGUAUCCCUGUUUUCGUCAGUUCUAUGAAAUACGCUUAUAUGUGCCAUUUCUUUGCGAAUCCUUUGACCGUCUUCUUAUCCGACGACGCAAAGAAUGAAAUAUUUGACGAGUGCCACUUUGAGGCAGUCCGAUUUCUACCAUCUUUCCGUCGAUAUAUUGAAACCAUUGUCGAGAAUGGUGAAGUGGAGCAGGCCAAAUCGCUUCUGGACGACGAUGAACGUCUGAAAACCCAUUUACGAGCUUGUCUCCAGGGCUCCCGCCGGUGGUCAUCAAUUAUAUUGCGAAAACUGAAAUUCUUCCUCACUAGCGAAAUUCCAUCUAUCAAUUUUACUGAAUUGUAUCUUGAUGCUAUAUCGCACGGAAUCGGACCCGACCAGAUUGCCAACUUUACAGAAUCGAUAAAGCGGAUGCAGCCUGAUGACACCAAGUCAUUCCUAGUACGAACGUUAGAUGCCAUCAAGAACGGUGACGUGGAGCUUGGGUUAGAUCCAUGGGUUGAUGAAGCUAAGAAGUCAGUUUCAUUAUUUACCAACUUAUUGGAAGAAAUUGAAGUUCUACAAGCAGACGCCGAAGAAAAGGGUAAUAGUCUCCGAAGCAAAUAUAGCAAGCAAACAAAAGUGUUGAGAGCCACCGUUAUUGCUCAGAAAGUUCAGCUCAGUCAAGAUACGGCGACUCUUACACAGGAAGACAAGGCUUAUACAGAUAUGAUGGACAGCCUAGUAGAUCACUUAAGUGAGGUACUUGAAUGCGACAGCGUGAAAGAACAGUGCUUCUAUGAACUGUGGUUUUUCGAUUCAAAGGCUCCUUAUAAGGAUGUUUUCAUCCCACGGCCAAGGGGAGUGGUCGAGAGAGCAUUGUCACGGCCGCAUGACUACCUGAACUGUUCCUGCUGUGAGACAGGCAUUGCUCCGACUCUACCAGUCACUGCCAUCCUAUAUCAACUGUAUCUCGACACUGGUUCCCUAGUCAACGUUGCUGAUCUAUGGUCUGCUUACAAUGCAAUUGUGGGCGAUGAAAAUGAAGAGGGGCUAGAUGAACGGACUGCAUUGGUCUUGUUCUAUCGCGGGCUAGCCGAAAUGAGGGCGAUGGGCUUUGUGAAGCAAAGUAGGAAAAAGGCAGAUCACAUUGCCAAGCUUGCCUGGAAAGGCCUUUGAGGAAGGAAAAAAGGGACACACAAACUAUAGUCGCCGAAGAAGACUCAACAAAAUAGUGACACGUUUGUUUAACUGUGCUCAGGGGGGAAGUCAUUGUGAUACACUGACUACUCUGAAGGGAUGAAAUGAAAUAACUUACUCAUGAAUUAGUCUGUGGAGGGCCUGUGCAUUGUGCAAAGCAAAGCUAUUAAUAUGUCUUUGGGUAGUGUUCAUGUACAUCAAAGACCUCGACAUGCCAAACAAAGCAGCAUUUCAGUUCAUGACAAGCGCUACCGAACAAAGAACCAGCCGACCGGAGUGACGCUUUUCAGAAACGUCGAGCACGCAACAAAGAAGACCAUAGCAAUCCUCGUAGGUACAAGAAGAAACCCAGCCGCACCUCGAAUGGGCGGGUCGUCUCCG